CUGACGUGCUUUGUUUAUGUAACCUCUUAUUGUAGGUAUUUCCUAUGGCUGAAAGUUCAUCAAGUUUCAGACUACCCAGUUUUUGUAGGCACAUGAAUAAAGCAGACGAAUUUAUUAUGUGUAUUCCAGAUGACGCUGCGUGCACACUAUGGGGUGAAUAUAAAUGUCCUACGAAUGUUGAUAUAAUCACAGAAGAUGGCCGACAAUUUAAUGUUGGAAUAAGCGCCUCUAAAGGAAAGAUAUUCUUUUUUCAUGGUUGGUCCAAAGUUGUAGACCAUUUACGACUAACCAUUGGGUGUUUGGUUCUAUUUAAUCCUAUAGAUUACGCUACGUUUAAGUUAACUUCUUUCCUUGAUGGGGUUAGUCAUACCACUUUUUGGACGUAUCUGCUCCCUCCAUCAUCUCAGUUUUAUGUCAUUCCAGAAUGUAUCCUGCCAAAACACUAUGAUUAUUCGUCAAAUGAUGUAAUAGCUACUGUUAUUACAGACAACAACACGUUUAACGUUAUAAUUAAAACAUUUGACGGAAAAGUCGGUUUUUCUGCUGGUAUUGACGUAAUUACGUAG